AUGGGGGUUCAACUAGCGCACACGGUCAAUACUCAGGCUAUGAAACAUUUGAAAAAGACUUUAUUGGCAUUGGUAGUGAGCUCUGAUGAGCUCAGGAGUUUGGAGUGGAUUGGCGGUGGUUCCAUGGCUCUGUUGCUGGAACGAUACGCGGUGCUGCUUGAGAGUUUAGAGACGGAGUUGAACUCAAAGGACUCGCGCUCUUUUCGCCCAGUUUUGAUACGAAUGGUUCGAAACUUGACAAGAUGUUCUGUGUUAUUGGGAAUAAUACUAAACGGCGUUUUUGCACCCAUUCUGGCCAGAAAUGGGCACAGACUCCACACCACUGAUCGCUUCUACUAUAGCAGGCGCAAUUUGGCAAGACUAACAGCAUCCAUUUCGGUGCUUUUGUCGAUCAAACCUGUCAUCUUGCGUAUGAUAGCUCGUCUGAAUCUAGGAAAACUUCCUGAGUCCUUUCUAGCAAAUCUGGCAACUAUUGGCGGGGCCGUGGCUCUUUAUCCAAACCAUGCCCUGUACCAGAAACACUAUUUGUCUGUCUACUUUUCGGUCCUUUUCCUGGAACUUGGAUACAAACUGCUAGAGCAAAUAAGACCAGAAAAGUUCAAGCGCGAGUUGGCAAAAUGGUCUUCAGGAAACGUUUUCUUCAGAUCGUGGUACCUCUUUCCACUAUGUUUUUCCCAGAUAUACCGAAAUUUCGUUUUGGAUCGCGAUAGUUGUCCUCGUUAUUGCACCAAACUGCUGGAAAACCUUAGCACAGGGUUGUAUGAGGACGGAGAUUCUGGGUCCUUGUGUUUGGCGUACUUUCCACAAAAGGUCUUCGGAUUGCUGAAAUACGCUUUUCCAGCCAUGGUGGGGCUGUCUCUUCGUGAUAACAUGAAACCCAAGGAGCUUAUCAAAGCUUCAUUUCUCAGAAGUGCCAAAAUGGUGGUGUUCUUAGUAGGACUGGGAUCUUCGUCAUUAUAUCUCACCAAGAACAACGCGUUUUCGCGUCUGUCCACCAGCGCCAGACUCCAAUUGAUAGGCUUUUUGACGGGAUGUUCAGCUGCACUUUUUGCAAACAAUGCAGGAACAACAUAUCGCUCAGUCUGGCUAUAUGUGCUUCGUUUGACGCUCGUUUCCAGCACAAAGGCGUAUUCUCAAGACUCAAAAUCGAGGUUCCAUGCUUUCAAAAUCGACAAAUUGCUGCUGGCGCUAAGCGCGAGCGGGAUUCUGACCAUCAACGACUUUUAUAAGAGUCGCGAAGACUUGCUGGACCACGUGGCCAAGUCAAAGAGCAUCAAAAAGCUUGCGAAGGUAAUCGACACAGGCUCGCUGUUGGUGUAA